GUUUUUCGAAGGGGAGUGUGCUGAUUAGGUAAGGAGAUGUCAUGGUCUACUUCCAUCGAUGUAGGAAGAUAGCAGUUAUGAUUGCCUGAAAAAGCUGAACUACGCAGUGCAAGCAUGGCUUUCUCCCAGUCGCACAUUAUGGCAGCUAGAAGGCAUCAGCACAGUAGACUCAUAAUUGAAGUGGAUGAGUACAGCUCCAACCCCACACAGGCUUUCACGUUCUACAACAUUAACCAGGGACGUUUCCAGCCCCCACAUGUGCAAAUGGUUGAUCCGGUGCCCCAUGAUGCUCCCAAACCUCCAGGAUAUACACGAUUUGUCUGUAUUUCUGAUACUCACUCAAGAACUGAUCCCAUCCAAAUGCCAUAUGGAGAUGUGUUAAUACAUGCUGGUGAUUUUACUGAGCUGGGACUUCCUAGUGAAGUAAAAAAAUUCAACGAGUGGCUAGGUAGCCUGCCCUAUGAAUACAAGAUUGUGAUAGCAGGAAAUCAUGAAUUGACCUUUGACCAGGAAUUCAUGGCUGACUUGAUCAAGCAGGACUUUUACUAUUUCCCCUCUGUUUCUAAGCUGAAGCCAGAGAGCUAUGAAAAUGUACAGUCUCUUCUAACAAACUGCAUCUAUCUUCAAGACUCUGAAGUGACGGUGAGGGGAUUCAGAAUAUAUGGCUCCCCUUGGCAACCUUGGUUUUAUGGCUGGGGCUUUAAUCUUCCACGAGGCCAAGCACUAUUAGAGAAAUGGAACCUUAUUCCAGAUGGAAUAGAUAUUCUUAUAACACAUGGACCACCUCUCGGUUUUCUAGACUGGGUUCCUAAGAAAAUGCAACGGGUAGGAUGUGUUGAGCUGCUGAACACAGUCCAGAGACGAAUACAGCCAAGGCUUCAUGUUUUUGGACAUAUCCAUGAAGGCUAUGGUGUCAUGGCUGAUGGAACUACUACCUAUGUGAACGCAUCUGUGUGCACUGUGAAUUACCAGCCACUUAAUCCACCUAUAGUUAUUGACUUACCUACUCCAAGGAACACAUGAUUUUAAUGAGGAUUUAAAGUUGUACCCAACACAUUAGCAACUUUAUAUUGCUGGCUGAGAAUCCCAAUAGGGAUUCAUUCAACAAAAAAAAGCAAAAAUCUUCUUUUUUCCCUGCUAGCUCUUAACAGAUAAAUUUUGAGUGACGAAAGUGGAUGAGGAACAAAGACAUUUUGGUGCCAGAAACAGGUUAAAGACUCUUAACAUUUCACCAUUAAAAUAUUUGUGAACACGGAAAAGUGAAUGCAUUCCACAUAUAUAAUAUACAUAUACAUAUAUAUAUAUAUCAAGUAGGGACUUUUGUAUAUACCGUACAUUAUAUUGGACUUAUUAAAAGAACAAUGUCUUUCAAAGUAAUGUUUCUCUAAGAAAGUUUGCAGUUUAAACUUAAGUGUUUAGACUAGGAUUUCCUCAUUUCAGAUGUUUCCCAGUGAGCUCUCGGUAAAAGAAGAAUGAUGGUAAGGAUGUUUUCCCUUAAUUAACAAGGCAAAUAUAAAAGAUGGUGCACGACUGACCAGUCACAGGAGGAAAGCUGUUACUUCAAGUGCUCCAGGUCUAAGUCUUUGCAUCUAUUCAAAACCAAUGCAAUAGAGGCCCUAAUUCACUGUACUGAAAUGAAGUUUUACUACAUCUGGCGUUACAGAUGGUAAGGGAAAUGGUGCAUAUUGCCAGCAUGCUGUAAACAGCUCAACAUUCAAGAAGGGAGACUGUGUUAAGUGCAGUAUAAACUCAGGAAUUUGUAACCUGGCCUCACCUAUGAAAAAAAAGCAAAGCAUGAUAUUUCCCUUAAAAAAAACACAACAAAAAAACAGAAAAGAAAAAAAUACUAUAACUGUGUUUUGUUAUGGUCAGGCGAUACAUGAUUGUAUAUUCAUUAGUGGUAUUUUAAAUAAAAUCCACUGGGACUAUUUAAAACCUGAUAAUGGGACAUGCAGCCAAUAAUGAGGUUACUGAUUUGAAUUUGGCCCCAGUCAGAAAGUGAUUAAAUGUCAUCAUUUUGUCCUUGGAGAAUGUUACAGAUGUCAAGGGGAAGGGGUCAUCCCAAGGUGGAGAUUGGGCAUUCACUUUUGGGUAGCUAUGUAGCAGUGUAACUGCAAUGAGUAAUGAGUACACACCAGUGGGUACAGAGACUCGUAAAAUCUGUCACUGGUGUUCGUUCACUCAUGGACACUGCUAAAAGAGGCCCAAGACAAAAUUGUCAACUGAGUUGAAACCUUUCUGUCAUUUUGUGUGUGAUGCCAGGUAAAGCAGGACUUGUGUCAGAAGCUCACUGGGGUGGCCAAGUGCCAUGGUACUGCCCGUGCGUCUUUCCUGCAGGUUAACAGAGGUGUUGAAGCUGCUGGAUUAAAACCUUCCUAGGUAGAAGGUUGAGAAUUGAUUACAGAAAAAAAUGUGUUUCAGAUGUGCCCUACAAGAAAUGGGUUUCUGUCUAGAACUGACAAUGGUCAGUUCAUCAGUAACUCCGUGCACAAAGAGGAGCUGUUUUAAUUCAACUGCUGCAUCCUGAAUUUGGGGCUGAUGGCAUCUAGACGUUAAUCUUGUGCACGUAUAUUGGGCAGACCAUCACGCUACCAAUACAGGCUUGUUUGCAGGUCUGUACAUAGCCCACGUCUGCACACAUGCAUUGGAUAAUUGUGUAUGUUACUUUUUGCUUGAUCUAUGGGUGUAAAUGAGCUUCACGUAGCAGCUGCAUGUACUUCAUAUGCAUACACAAUUUAAAAUGCCUGUGUCACAAAACCAGGCUAUGUCAGCCUCAACUCUUAAGCAAGGUGGGCAGAAACAUUGUGUUUUGCUGGCUUCCCAUGGACAGCAGCUUUUCCAGCUGCUGCUGGGAGCCAUGGCAUUCAAGCCCUGUAACUAACUCAUGCUGUGGACCCACCAGAAACCAACAGAAAACAUGAGAAGUUACAGGUCUGUUGUUCCCUGUAAGCUUUUCGGUGAUUUGGGGUCUAAACUAACGUGCUGCUUUUUCCUGAAACAAACCCCAAACCAACCAGUGAUGCCCACAACUGGUUGUUGGGUGAAUAGUUCACAAGCGCAUGAGUAGCCUGCCAUGAAUUCAGAUGAGUGCUUUUGUCAAAACUAUUGGUAUAGAAACUGCAGGAUCAGCUCCUAAAUCAGCAAGCACUGAAAUUGAUAGUUGAUUAUGAACUCCAGCCAUCACUGAGAAGAUGAGCAAUAGCAUGUAGUUAGAAUAAAAGCGUCUUAGCUAGUCACAAUUCAAGCGAUUUGCCACAAAUGUGGCAGGAAAUUGGCUGUAUGUUAAAAGUCUGAAAUGUUUACAUUCGCUCACAGCACUUAAGAGACUAAAAAGUGUUAAAGUUGGGGAAGAGGUCCUUUUAUUAUGCUCAACAAAAUUUGUAUGUUGACCAUAAACUAUUGUCUUAAAAAUAAUUUUUCCCAAGGCAUCUUCAAAAUACUGUGUAUUUUUAUGUGGAAAGGAUACGAAAGCAGCUGUUCCUUCAGAAUAUCAUUUAAAGUACUUGAGGUAUGAAAGCUUAAAGAUUAUUUAAUCAUUUUGGCAUAACUUGAUUGUUGUUGUACUUUUUGGUCAAGCAUGUUGGACAAAUAAAAUCUUAAAAAAACCCGAAACAAACAAAAA